ACCUCGUCUUAGCCGCGCGUGCUGUGAGCGCUUAAUGCAGUCCCACGCCGGCACUCACAAGGGCAAAAUUCAAACAAGGACUCGAUUGUAACCGCAAAAAUGGUCCGCGUCAGCGAAACGUUAAGUGAAGCCGAUGGCCCGCCGGCUCCUGAAGAGAAGUUGAGCAAGAAACGCGAGGCGAAUUGGCCUGCAGUUCUCUUCUUCAUACACAUACAUUUACUGCCUGUUUAUGGCAUGUGGUUGAUGUUCUUUGAAGUCAAAAUGCAAACCAUAUUAUUUUUUAUCGCCCUCGUAUCUUUCGGUAUUCUGGGAGUAACGACGGGGGCCCAUCGCCUAUGGGCUCACGGAGCAUACAAGGCCACUACUGGACUCCGUAUUUUUCUCAUGAUGUGCCAAACUUUGGCUGGACAGGGUCCAAUAUACGAUUGGGUUCGCUACCACAGAUUACAUCACUCGCUCUUCGGAACUGAUGAGGAUCCCUUUGAUCAUCGCCAUGGAUUCCUCUACGCUCACAUAUUGACGCGUUUGAGAAAACUCAGCGAUUACCAGAAUAAGCUGCUUAAAGAAGUUGACAUGUCCGAUCUAGAAAAAGAUUCUGUUGUCAUGUUCCAAAAGAAAACAUACUGGCUACUUUACGGCGUAUUCUUCCUACUGUUACCUCUGAAUGCGCCUUUGGAAUACUGGAAUGACACUGUGUUGAAUGCAGUAUUUGUAAUCGGGUUCUUGCGGUAUGCUGUCGUUCUACACGCUGCCUGGCUUGUGGAAAGCGGUAUAUGUGUCUGGGGACUUAAACGAGGGCAAAAGUAUCCGCACGAUUCAAACUCUGUAUUUAUACUGAAUAGGACGUUCUGGCCUCAUUACCACUACCUCGUCCCUUAUGACUACAAGUCGGGAGAAUUUGGUACUUACGACUGUGGAUGUUCAACCGCCUUCAUCCGAAUUUGGGCUGCUCUGGGUCUGGCCACUGACCUUCAAACUGUGGACACUCCAACUAUCCAGAAGGCCUUAGCUGAAGCUGCGAAGACCACCAAACCACUUACACAGUGUUUGAACGAUGCAGUGUCCAAACAAACACUUGCCGAAGAACACUACCUUAAGAGAGGGUAAGCUAGGUUGUUCCUAUGCUACUUAUUUUUGUAUUUACCCUAUGUUGUGACUUAAGUUUACUUUAAUAAUAAAAACUGAUACCAUAAGUUUUCCAGUAUUUUAUUAAGAUAUAACUAAGAUAAAAUUAAUGUAGUCAGGUACCGCGAAGUAAAUAUAAUUUUUAUACAAAGUUUUCCGGAAGAUUCAUUGAUUAUAUUUUAGGAACUUUUUUACACUUGAAAA